CUGACAUGGUGUGAGAUUGCUUGAAAGCGGUGGCCACCACCAUGAGGUUUGAACCUCUGGAACCUUUGGAACCGCUGGAAGUGGUUGUGCUCGUGGUGGGAGCGACACUUUUCUGCUUCCCGUGCGGUCAGUUUGCCGUGUAGAACAAGCUACCGACUCGCCGUACAGCUCGAUUUUUCCACCAUCCAAAAUGGCCACCGUUGUUGACAAGAAGGAGGGUUUUGAGGUUGAGGCCCAGAGCCACCGCAUCCGCAUCACCCUCACCAGCCGCAACGUCAAGUCGCUGGAGAAGGUUUGCGCUGCCCUCAUCCAGGGUGCCAAGGACAACAAGGUCACCGCCAAGGGCCCCGUCCGCCUCCCCACCCGCAACCUCAAGAUCACCACCCGUAAGACCCCCAACGGUGAGGGUUCCAAGACUUGGGAUCGCUACACCAUGUGCAUCCACAAGCGCCUCAUCGACCUCGAGUCGCCCGCUGAGGUGGUGAAGACCAUCACUUCCAUCUCCAUCGAGCCUGGAGUGGAUGUCGAGGUCACCAUGGCCAACUAAAGCAUUUGUUGCUUUCUUCCCCUUCUGUUCCCAUUUUACCAAAAAAACAACAACAAAAGUGCCGAAGAAAAACAAUCAAAUGCGCUGGUCAUCGUGAUGAACAGCCCG